AUGGCGACUUCCGAUGUGGACGGGACCACUCAGGUUCCAAAUUCUAUCAUGAGUUGGUAUGAUGAGACUCGCCCUAUGUGGAUUGAUCUCGUUGGUGAUUAUGCUGGAAAAGAGUUGUUUCUUGUUGAGGGAGAUUCUCUAUUGAGAGAAUGUUUUGCAGAUGAGAGAAUUGAUUUUCAGGAUGGAUUUCAAUUACUUCACGCUGUAUAUGUAGCGGAACGAUUCCUUGAGAAUCUAGUCAAGAGACAUUGCAACUUCCACAUUGCGUUCUUCGAAGAGAAUCGGCAAUUAUGUGUACCACCGGGAGUAAAGACCUCACACCGAGGUCGAUAUCUCCUCGCUCGAACAGCGAUUAAACAACAUCUACACCACAAAUUACCAUUAUCACACCCAGAAAUCGUGAUCAAUACUUUCCCUUCCCUGGAGAGUCAAGAAUUCUCAAGUUAUCUCCAACUCACACCAAUUCACUUUGUCAUGUCGCAUGAUGGAGCGGCCACAGCAAAGCAAACCCCCUCAUCGAAAGAGGCCAAGACCAUUCUCCGAGGAAUGAUAUGGUCUUUCAAUUGUCUCAAGCUCAAUGUUGCUCUAAUCAACCGCAUAGAGUUCAGAGAUUCAAAGGUUUUCACGAUGAUCGUGGAAAGCAUGACUAUCUCAAGCCAGCGCAAGCUUCUGAUGGAUUCUACAUACACCGAGUACAUUACGCAGGCUCGUGUGAAAUUUGCGGAAGAUUUAAAAUCCGGUAGCUCUGGCAAUACACCCUCCAUUGACGACGAAAUCAUUCAGAAGUUAUCUGCAGUCUCUGCAAAGGAACAGCUGGGCGAGAGAUCAUGUGUUGCUGCUCUUUCUGCAUCUCAUAUUCUGAAGAAAAAUACCUCCAAUGCAUUUUUUGCUUCCGCCCUCAUAUUACACAGUGUUAUGCUUAACCAAAUUCCCCUUUCGAAACGUCGAUUUCCAUCUAUCGAUUUCGACGAAAGCUUCGAGACAGAAGUUACUAGCUUCUUGUCGUUAUUUGCAGAUACAGCUCAAGUUAUUCUAGAUAGUCCGACAUGGGGCAAGUUUGUUGAAACUAACGAUAUUACAAGAGAUUCACAUGAUCUUAUCGAUGGCCGAUUAUUCCGUGUCGUCAUUCAAGCUAUGUGCGACGAAUCCUUAGACCCAUUUCCCGAGUCGAUCCAAAAUGAGUGGCUGGUACUCUGCAAUCUGACCAAAGAGCUUUCAAAUCAGGAGCUUUCCUUGGAAGGGAGCUCUGAUUUAGACUCUGCUGAAAUCGCUGCGAGCGAAGACUUUGACUCAAGCUCGGAGGAACUUACAGUUUUACCCUUCACUAAUGCUGUUUUCAACAAGCAUUUGCAGUGCAUUCAUGUCAAGACAGACGCAUCUCUUUCUACGCAACUUGGUACAAUGAAGCUUUACAGGGAGACAAGUCAUUGGCAUAAUCAUAAAAAGCCGCUCAUCACAAAGGCUCCUGUGGCAGUGAAAGUCUCUAAAUGGCGUAACCCUCUUCGAACAAAUCAAUUCUAUAUGAGUGAAAUGACAUCAUAUGCCGCAAGUUUAACAGGAGCAAAGGGCAAAGCGCUAGAGCCAGAAACUAUCGUAGUUGGACCAAAGCAACUAGUGAAAGUUGCUGAGGAGAAGCCAUUGAAGACGAGUAAAGUAGAGAAGCCCGCGCCGAAGUCAAAGAAAGAAGCUCCAACUGAUAACAAAAAACCUGUAUCCAAUGCUAAGAAAGGCACCAAGAAGGGUAGUGGACUCUCAGCUGCUGAUCAGAUUCGUGCUGCAAAUCUAGAAAAGAAAGGUGACACAGAGACUGAUAAGGCUUUCCUUGCGUGGUCUAUGAUUAUGAAGGAUCUUGAUCUGACAUCCAACGACGAAAAUCGUUAUUUACGGGCAAAACAAUAUCUCAACAAUCUCGAUGGCGCCAGAACAAAGAUUCUUGAAGCAGAUAUCAACACUUAUAUACUCCAAUGUCUAUUGUCUUGGUGGGCUGGUUAUUGCAAGGAGAACAAGAAAAAGAGUGGCUACCAUGUAGUUGCAUUGAUUUGGACGACUGUAAGAUCCAUAUGCGAUACUAGUGUACCGGUCACAAAAGAGAUCAUUCAGCACGUUGAAAAGAUUUGCAAAUUGGUUGGUAUUCCAGACGCUUUCUCUUCGCCGAAAGUCUUGGGUACUGAUCGCAAGUUAUCUUUUACCUUCAAGUAUCCGACGCCAACUUUAUCCUUGAAGAUUGAUAUUUCGCAAUCGGAAUUUCAGCUUGAACAUUGUGGCCCAUACAUGGACAGGAUGCUUGAUGCAAAGCCAGAUCCUCGUGUGUCUAGUUUCGUGCCCGAUGGGUGGCAGAGAGAUGUGCUCGAUCAGUUGGAUGCUGAUAAGAGUGUGUUCGUCGUAGCACCCACCUCGGCUGGUAAAACAUUCAUCAGUUUUUAUGCUAUGGAGCAGAUUCUACGAGCUGACAAUGAUGGUGUUUUGGUUUAUGUCGCACCGACAAAAGCACUUGUCAAUCAAAUUGCGGCGGAAGUUCAAGGUCGAUUCUCUAAGAGAUUUCCUCAAGCCGGUAAAGGAGUAUGGGCUAUUCAUACCAGAGAUUAUCGUGUGAACAAUUCUACCGGUUGUCAAAUCCUCGUCACCGUGCCUCAUAUUCUCCAGAUCAUGCUUCUAUCACCAACAAAUGCAAAGUCAUGGGCCCCGAGGGUGAAGCGCAUUAUUUUUGAUGAGAUCCAUUCUAUUGGCCAAUCCGAAGAUGGUGUGGUAUGGGAGCAGCUUUUAUUGUUGGCUCCAUGCCCUAUUAUUGCUCUUUCUGCCACUGUAGGUAACCCUGAGCAGUUCGCGGACUGGCUCGGGGAAACUCAAAAAGCAAACGGGUCAGAAUUGAAGAUGAUCAAACACUCAACCAGAUAUUCCGACUUACGAAAGUUCAUGUACGAACCACCUCAGAAGUUUCAAUUUGAGGGUCUUGGAGAUUCGUUUGGUCUUGGUCUGGGUCUGGAUGGCUUGCAAGGAUUUGAACCAUUUCAUCCAGUCUCUAGUUUAGUUGACCCUUCAAGAGGGAUACCCGAGGAUCUUGCGCUUGAACCUCGAGAUUGUUUAUCAUUGUGGAACGCUAUGAUCAAACAUCAGAGCAAGGAGUACAACGUCCCCGAAUCAUUGGCUCCAGGAAAGGCAUUGCCACCCUGCAUUCGAAAAGCAGAUAUCUUCGCAUGGGAAAAGAACCUCAAGAAAGUAUUGCUUCAAUGGAUGGUAGAGUGUCGAUCGCAAUUCACCAACGUGGUAAAGGAAUUGACGCCCGAUAAUGCUGAGUUCAAGAAUGACAUUUCAAUCGACAGCUCCUCCGGUUCUUCGACUGAACUCAUUGACCCGUUGAAUCUCCAAGUUACAACGCUGCCAUUGCUUUAUCAAUUGCACAAGCGCCGUGCACUACCAGCUAUAUUGUUCAACUACGACCGAGCAGCCUGUGAAAGCAUUGCGAGCACUCUAUUGAACCAAUUGGCCGAAGCCGAAGAGCAGUGGAAGAAAGGCUCGGCCUGGAAAAAGCUGAUGGAUGGCUAUGAGAAGUACCAGGAAAUGAAGGCAAAGAAAGGUCGUAAACCCGUCAAGCCGUCUAAAAAGACCAAUCAAGAUGACGAAGGCGGAUCAAAGAUGGAUCGAAUGCGCGAAGAUGCAACGGAUGGAUCGUCUUUCUAUGAUCUCUUCGACCCUACUGCACCGCAAGCCGAUUUCUCCUUUGCUGACCCAAAGCGUUUGCAAAAAGAAGAACUUGACGGCUUCAUUAGACAACUUCGUCGCAAGCAGAUUAGAGAAGAUUUGAUUGAGUUGCUGAGGAGGGGUAUAGGUGUCCAUCAUGCUGGUAUGAACCGAAAAUACCGUCAAUGCGUGGAAAUGUUGUUUCGUAAAGGCUUUUUGAAGGUUGUCAUUGCAACCGGCACACUCAGUUUGGGUAUUAAUAUGCCUUGCGCAACUGUGGUCUUCAGUGGUGAUUCAGUGUUCUUGACUGCCUUGAAUUUCCGUCAAGCUGCAGGUCGUUCUGGUCGUCGUGGUUUCGAUCUUCUCGGAAAUGUUGUAUUCCAGGGCGUCUCGAGAGAGCGAGCAAGCCGACUUCUCAGCUCUCGACUUCCCGAACUUACUGGCCACUUUCCAAUCACGACAACAUUGGUACUGCGAUUAUUCACCCUAUUGAAUGACUCCAAGAGCUCGCCAUACGCUAUUAGAGCUAUCAACUCUCUCCUUUCCCAGCCCAGACUGUAUCUUGGUGGUCAGAGUUUCAAAGAACAGGUACUCCAUCAUUUGCGCUUCUCCAUCGAAUAUUUGAGACGCAAUGCACUUCUUGGGCCUGGGGGCGAACCUGUCAACUUUACUAGUUGUGUGUCGCAUCUCUACUUUACGGAGAAUUCGAGUUUUGCGUUCCAUGCUCUUCUCAAUGCGAAAUACUUCCAUAAGCUCUGUGCAGAUAUCGACACCAACUCCGAAGAAGUACUACAUACAAUGGUUCUCGUAUUGAGUCAUCUCUUUGGUCGUCGAGUUGUUAGAGAAAUCGAUGACCCUGAAGAAGCAGAGAAGAUUCACCGCUCGCCAUCGAAUGUGUACCUUGAGCCCAUGCCAGAAGAUGCAGCUAACAUACUUCGUGGUCAUAAUAAGAGCACUUUAGAUGUGUUUUCAACUUACGUGAAGACGUUCGCUGAGCAACACAUUACUGAAGAUGAACAUGCCUUGCCAUUCACCCAAAGUCCAGUCGGUCCAAAUGAAGCACGCAAGACCAAUGGCAACACAGAUUUGGCCCUUGACUUCCUUCCUAGCUUACCUACACCAAAUGCUCGCUCGCUAUUCGUAGCUCUUUCCGGUCUCGGUGAUUCCUUCACUACCAUUGAAGAUCUUUGCAGCUCUACCCGUGAAGGCGUCUUCCUCGAAGCAGCCGUUAUUCCCCAUCUCGAGCUUCACCCUGAUGAAACGAGAUCACCUCUCAAUUCAUACCUUCUCGAUUUCUACAAGCACGGUUCUUUACAACCCCUCGAGGACGCUAAUGGUAUCCGCAAAUCGGACGUCUGGUUCAUCCUUAACGAUUUCUCCAUGGUUCUAGCUACAAUCGCCACCUCCCUUGCCUUGCAUCUCGGCCUAGGCCAAGAUACUGAUGCAGAACUCCUUGAUAUCAUGGGAGCAGGAGAUUCCGUUGAGAACGAGAAUGAUGAGAAAAUGGCCGAAGAUGCAAUUCCGCAAGCUGUUUCUGCGCCAUCCGGUGAGCUUCAACAAGCUCAGCCGGUGCGUAGAAAGAAGGUGGUAGAUGAUUGGGAUGCGGGUGAGGAUAGAUUGGCUGCCGAAGAGGAUUAUUUGGAGAAGGAAAAGGAGAGUGGUGCGGGAGCGACAGACGACGAGGAGUAUCAGAAGUUGAUGACUGUUUAUCGGGCAUUCAGAAAGUUGAAGACAGAGUUUGAUGAAAAGUUCAGAGCUAUUUGGGCUUAG